CCCCUUCUAGAGCUGGACCAAAGGCUUAUCGGAAACAAGGACACCUAUGCUGUGACCAAGAAGCUAUGCGAAUACAUCUGGCUGGCAAGAAGCAAAUCCGAUCAAAUUUUUUUGAUCAAGUGCGCCCCAUAUCCACAAUAUCGACGAAUCGACCAUGAGAGGAGAACUAUAAAGAAAUUUCAGUCACAGACGACUUGCUUGCGGCCGUUACUAGACAGAAUCAAAGAGCCAGUUGACCCGCCAGCCAUAGUAUUAAAAUACCUUGACGACGACUUGCUCAAAGCCUCUGCUGCAAAAUGGCUUACCAUACCAGAGAUAAAGUACGUGUCCAAAAAGAUUCUCGAAGGUCUGAGUGUUCUCCACGAUGCUGGAUAUGUCCACACAGACAUCAAACUCAACAACGUGCUGGUGAAUUAUGGCCUCGAAUCACGCUUCACAGAUGUUCAGAUAUCUGAUUUGGAGAGCGCCUCCCACAUUGAGUCACAAUUUUGCAAAAGUCGGCCUUUCAUUGGAACUCCAAUUUGGAGAAGCCCUGAAGCCGCGCUUGGUCUACAAUGGGGGACACCGACUGAUAUAUGGUCAUUUAGCACGAUGCUUAUAUCUAUUAUAUGGGGAAACAACUUCUUCAUUUUCAAUCCGGGUGUGUCUUGUUUCGACGAGGCAUACGGAGUGAUAAUACUUACAAAGUUUCAUAUCUAUUUUGGACCAUUUCCUCCACCAUAUGCGGAUCUGCUCGAUGAGAGGGCCUCCAAAAUGCUAUCUUGGAUCCAAGAUACCAUAACAUCCACAGCGAUGCGACCAUUAUUGAGAGCUAGUCGUCGAGAAAUAUCAGAAGAAGACAGAAGAUUUGAUCUGAAGGUAAUGACACUUGACCCUCGGGACAGGCCUACGGCAAGGCAGCUUUUGAGUGACGAGUGGUUUCAUGGGGUUUAA